CGAGGAAGUGGUGAUGCUCCACUCUCAUUUUCAUCCCAAAGUCAAUUGAAGAAGUACUGCACUGUACUUCAACCUUUCCAUUCGUUCACCAUGAGGUUCCCACCGGCAGAGGUUCUGGCAACUUGGCCGAGACCAAACUACGUCGACCCCGUCACGCGGGGCCCUGGUCUCAUGAUCGUGGAGUUGACGCUGGUCCCGAUUGCUCUCACAUGCGUACUCUUGCGGCUCUGGAUACGAAUUGGUUGGCUCCACAGGAGUUGGUGGGACGACUACCUGAUGGUGGCCGCGAUGAUCUUCUCCUGUGGCACAACAGCCUUGGUCAUUAUGGCGACCCAAUUGUACGGGUGGAACAUCCAUGUCUGGGAUGCGAAGCUUGCGACAUUGGAGACCGGUCGGAAGGCAUCAAUGGCCGGUCAAACCCUCUUCGUGCUCGCGUCGAGUUUCGUGAAGAUGUCUAUAUUGGUGUCGUACUUCCGCAUCGCGCCCGAUAAGUCGCUGUUCCGAAAGCUCAUCUGGGGGACGUUUGGGAUCGUGUUUGCCGCCUUCCUCACCUUCCUCAUCGCGCUUUGGCUGCAAUGCAUGCCGAUUACCAGCUAUUGGACGCUCCUUGCCGACAGCCGCGACUGCAUCCCAGAAGGCCCGCCUCUUAUAGUACAGACUGUCAUCAACGUGGUAACCGACUUCAUGAUAUAUGCCCUGCCCAUCCCGACGCUCUUUAGCCUCUCACUCCCUAUGUCGCAACGCAUCGGCCUCGCCGUGCUCUUCUCGGUCGGCGGUGUCAUCGUCGUCGCCGGCAGCUUCCGCGCGUACUGGGUCCACUACGUCCUCUACAAGACGUACGACGCGACGUGGUACGGCUACGAGAUCUGGCUGUGGACGGCGAUUGAGACGAACGUCGGAGUGGUAUGCGGGUGCAUCCCCGCCCUGAAGCCGCUGCUCUUUCCGUCGCGGGCGCGCUCGCAGGGCUCGCGGUACGCCAACGGAUCCGGCCACAGCCGGCGCAGAGAGAAGGUCACGCCGGUCAUCGAGCAAGUCGAGAUGGACACGCGCAAGUUGACCGACAGCGAUUCGCGACCGGUGACGGCGGGCGCGCACGUCCACGUCAACUCUGGCGUCCGGCCGAUGAGCGGCAGCACAGACAAGAGCGGGUACGACGUUGAGCAGCAGAAGUCGUACAUGUACUGAGCCUCUCUUUCCUCUUCUUUCCUCGCUCUUUCCUUGAAUUAAUACAGGCAUACGGUGCACCCGCAAUUAUUAGUAGACUGCUGUCGGAUCGCUCCUGCUCGGCACACCGUGUCCGC